GCCUUCAAGUCUUUUCAUUUUUCAGUGUUCCUACUCUCAAUCCUCACUUGUUUUCCACGACUAUCGCCAAAAUGUCUACCUGCAGCGAUGAAAGUUGCGAUAAGGAAUGCCCUUUGUGCAUGGAGACCCUUGAACUGGAUGACAUCAACUUUUAUCCAUGCAAAUGCGAGUACCAGAUUUGCCGAUUUUGCUGGCAUCGUAUACGAACCGAUGAAAAUGGAUUAUGUCCUGCUUGCCGGCAGCCAUAUCCUGAAGACCCUGUCAAUUUUAAGCCAAUGACAACCGACGAUGUGCGAAAACACAAGGACGAACAACGAUUGAAAAAACAAGCGGAAAAACUGAAAUUAUCGGAUGCACGCCAAUAUCUUUGUAAUUACCGUGUACUCCAAAAGAAUCUUGUCUACGUCGUGGGAUUAUCACCUCGUGUAGCAGAUCCUGAGAUUUUGAAGAAAAAUGAGUAUUUCGGUCGGUACGGUAAAAUUCAGAAGAUCGUAACGAGUGCGACACCGUCAUUACCUGCACCUCAUCUUCCACCUAGUCAUACGGCUUACGUAACGUAUAAAAGAGUUGAUGACGCGCUAAGAGCAAUUCAAGGCGUACAUAACUCAAUGUUGGAUGGUAGGUUAGUGAAAGCAUCACUUGGAACAACCAAGUAUUGUUCUUCAUUUUUGAAUAGUCGGAAGUGUUUCAAACCGGUCGGUGAAUGUAUGUAUUUGCAUGAAAACGCUGAAGCUGAAAUAAGUUUCACAAAAGAUGAUAUGCAUCUUGGAAAGCACACAGAAUACGAGAAACGAUUAAUUGAAUCGAUGAAUAGCCGACCUCCGCCGCCACAAUCGACACUUGCAUCACAAUUGGAUAAAAUACUGGCGCCAACGUCAAAUUCACCACGGCGAUAUCUUGAAGAUGAUUCUGACACAGUUGAUGACGUUGAGCGAACAGGCUCAGCGAUACACAUGUGUGCGGAUGAUCCUGAUGAUGAUGAUGCAGAUUCUACGAACACAAGCAAUUCUAUCGACGACCCGGCACCUUCAAAUCCAGCAGAUGAGACAGUUAACAGUAGACGGAGUAAUCAGACAGCCAGAGAGCGACAGUGGUCAGAACGCGACGAAAUUUCAGUGGCGCCCAGCAAUACACCUCCUACAGAUCCUGAAGGAAAUGAAAACGAGUUUGAAGAGGACAUCCAUAGAAACGAUGUUAGUGAUCUUAUGUCAAAAUUAGAUGUAAAUGACGACCGGCUGGCCCGGACAUCAUUCUCAGAAAAUGAUUAUCUUGGGAUUCCGGCACCAGCAAAGCAUCAAGAAGCACCAGCUCCUCUUAUGCAAUGGGAAGCAUUGCUCGGAUUGUCAUCACCUUCUGCACAAUCAACGAUCGUCGAACCUUCGUCACUAUUCCCAACGUUCAAAAUGGAUUCAGGAUUCAAUUCACAAUCGUUAUUCGGAACACACACAUCUAGCACACCGUCGUUCAGAAGAGAGGCUAGUCCUCCACCCGGUCUCGCUAGGUUCAAUUCAGACGAUGAUCUUGGAUUCGAUCCGUUCACCGAAUCAUCAAAGGGAUUGUCAGCGUUGUUACAAGAAGAACAAGAACAGAUUCCACCACACAAUUCAGCAUCAAAUCAUACUUUAGAUGUGUUAAAACAUUCUAGAUUGUUUGGUCAAUUACCCGAGCAGCGACAGUCAACCCAGCAGCAUCCACAACAUCUUCAAUCAUCACAUCAACAGCAUCCAUUACAACAGAAUCAAGAUCAACAUCAUUCGUUCCUUCAUCAGUUACAUGCACAGCAACAGCAUCAACAACAACAGUUUGCAGCAGAUAUGAACAGGCAACAGGACUAUAUGUAUAGUAGACUUAUGUCACAGCAACAACAGCAAUCACAACAGCAGAGACAGUUCGACUCGACGCCUGGAUUUUCACAUCCAUUCGGAAGUAUGCAGCAGCAACAACAGUCUUCACAGCAACAACAACAUCAGUCUCAGUCGUCACAGUCGUCCAGUCUUCUACAAGACUUGUUCAAUCGCCAACAGCAACAACAUCAAGCGCAGCAACAAGCACAACAACAUCAACAACAGCAGAUGUAUGCUGGAAUCAACUCAUACAUGUACAAUGACAUGUUGAUGCCUCGAGUACCAUUUGGAAUGGCACCACCUCCAGGACUCGGAGGUCCAUCUACGAACAGAUCUUCCACGACACAACAAGCACCUCCACACAUGACACAACAAUCACAACAACAACAGCAACAGCAACAGUCAAGUAUGGGAUUGUUCGGAAUGGGAGGCCAUCAAAGUAUGAUGCAGGAUCAUCAAUCACAGCAGCCACAAUCUGCACAAGAUGCAUUCAAAGCUCUUCUUCCAAAUGUAAAUGUUCGGUUUAUGGAUGAUAAUUCGAUGUCUCGUUGGUCGCAUGAGAACAGUCUGCGAUCAUCAGCCGUCCCACCACCACCCGGUUUUUCUUCUGUGAUGAACCGAUAAUUUUGGCACAAUUGCACACACACACACAAAAGCACCCACACACCCUCAUUCUAGUUAUCUUCUUCUAUUCCUACCGUUUUCUCCCUUCAUUUUCGAAUUCGAAAGACAAAGAAAAAUUUCUGAUGUGUAUCCCCAUUAUUCCCGUUCCCGGUUGUUGUAGAUGAUUCUUUUUUAAUAUCAUCAACUCCAACACAUUCUAUUAUUCUUCAUAAUAAUAUUCUUCAUAUGUUAUUGGCUCUCUUCUUUAAUCAUUUUGUCCUCUCUUACGACAUGUAUCAUUAGCUCAUUUUGUUGGAGUCGCCUCCGCCUCGAAUUCAGAUUCUUAUUCGUGUUUGUUGCUCCUCUCCCAUAGAAAAUGCUUUGAUUAUUUCGUUUCCUUUCCCCCCUAAAACACCAACGGACUUGAACUUAAAGUUGCUCUCGCGAACAGUCGUGCAGUGAACAGACUGCAAAGCUGACCAUCUGAAUCGUGAUGAAGCUUCUCUUUCUUUUUUCUCCUUUUUUUUGGGAUUCACACAUUAGAAACGGGACGGUUCUAUUUAUAGCUUCUUUUAUUUUUUCUGCUGUCCUGGUCAUUCCUUUCCUCCUUUGCGUCCCGUUCAAAUUUUUAUUUUCUUUCUCCCUCUUUUUGUGGCAGUUUUCAUGUGAUUUCUUUAUUUAAGUUGUACCCUCAACUAAUCUAAGAAUCAACGUGGUUUCUGUAUUUCUUUUUCUUUUGAAAGUUUAGUUUAUUCAAGUUUUUGUCGUUACCAUUUUCUUUCAUACACGUAUCACCCAGAAUCUUCACUUCUCCUCGUUUGAGAACAGGAUGACGGGCGUUUUUAAUCGUAUUCAGUAGAAUUUGCUUUUCUUCUUUUAGGCGAUUGGAUUUGCUUGUAUUUUGAAAGUGGUACGGCGAAUAAAGAAAUUAUUUGGUGGAACU